GAUCUGGAUUAGAAUUUAUCAUGAGAUUAAAAGAUUUACAAAUUGGCUGUUCUCUCCCUGCUUAAUUUGCUGAGAUCUCAAGCUGUACUUUCUUUUGAAUGUCAAAGCCAAAGACGCGAGAGGGCUCCAUAUAAUCCCUCCUUGAGGUAGUAUGGGCUGCAUAAGCUCUUGUUAGGGUUUAGGUGUGCUCUUUCAGGGGGUUGCUUUAUGCUAUUUUUGUAGAAAAGGCUCCGUCUCUGUAGAAAAGGCUCCGUCUCUGUGCUGAGACUCUUGCCUUCUGAAAAUGGCUUCUCCACACUGUUUUCCAAAAAACUCCGUUUGCUUAUUUCUUUGAUGCUCAUCUCCUUUUACUUGAUCAAGUCUUAGUGAUCUACCACAGUUUGUUACAUUACAAUAAUUCCUUAAAGCAGGUUUUAAAGGUGAGACUUCUUUCCCACUCCAUCGUUUUUGUUUUUUCUUGUUACUGAGUCAAAUCCAGAGGGCAUUCCUUCCAGAACUGUUCUUCUUGUUGGAGGACUUGAAGUGUGGGAUCUGUUUCUGGUUACCAUCAUCCUAAAGCUAAGCCUCUGUGAAUUCAGACUAGUAAAGAAAAAGCAUAGAAUUCACACCCCUUGUUUUGCAAUAAAGCCUCAAAAUACUUGAGGGUUUCUUUAAAAUUUAUUUAACCUUUCUGUCCUCUAAGCUAGACCAAGCAAACAAGUCUGGUCAGGCCUUUUUUUCCUUUCUUCUGACCUAGGCCGGGGUGGAUACCUGGCUGUGCUGCUGUGAUUCCCAGUUUUUCAGGGGAAUGCUGACAACAUAUGUUUGUACUCCAUCCCCACCCCCAAAUAAUUAGCACAUGUUGUAAACAUUGGCUUUAGAGCUGCAUGAGAGCAUCCUCAAAGCCCAUUUUAGGAAGACAGUUGAAUGCGGUGUGCCUGUUUGAGCAAGGUGAGGGCAGCUGAAGACAGAGCGGCCUCUGACUAAGCUGCCAAUUAAAAACUGGAUAUUCUUCUUCCCUCUAGAGAGGUGUGGAGGCUACUGGAAGUGUGCUUCCUCUUAAAAUAUCUGAGGGAUUCAUCUUCUUUGGAUGAGUGACAGAGCGUAAUGCUGACCUACCUGGGGUUUUCUUAAUACUCAGACAAACGCAUUGUUUGCAACUCUGUGUAUAAUGGGAGAGUUGAGUGUUGUGGUUUUGCGUUGCGCUUUUCUAGGUUCUCUCCAUUUCAGAGACUUCCUCACAAGGGAGGGAGAGAGGGAGGAUUAUUUCAAUCUUUGGCAAGCAAUUUCAGUUUUUAUUAAGUAGGUACCUGAUCCUGGCAGAGCUGCUCAUCUUCCCGCUGUGCAGGGAUAAGCGAUGUGAACUGUAUUAGACAGGCUGUUGGCAUGCAUUUUGUAACCCCACACACAUUUCCUGUCCCACUCUCCCCCCCAGAUGAAUUAAACUGAGAUUUUAGGCUUAUAGCUAGGCAGAAUCUUAUCUGGGUACACUUAAUAAGAUAUGUGCCUGCCAGUCAAAGGGAUAGUAAACACGGGCCGGCAGCUGGUGCCUCAGCACCCUCCCUCGCUCCUUCUCCUCCCUUCUGUGCUUGUGCCAGCAGGACGUGGCACCCGGCACAACCACCCGGCCUCCCGGAGGAGAGGCUGGCCCUGCUGUCCUGAGCACAAGCAAGUCUCUGCACAGGCUGCCGAGUGAGUCACGAGGCUGUUCAGGUGCUGUGCUUGUGUUCUGGAGAGGCUGGUGCAGGUCUGUUUGGAGCCAAAUCUCGUCUAUGUUCCUGUCACUUUGUCACUUUUAAUACACUGCCCUGACUUGCUUGCUGCGAAGAGAGUAUGCAUCUAGAGAUCAAAGUUGCUCUUAACUUCAUCAUCUCAUACCUGUACAACAAGCUUCCUCGGAGGCGGGCAGACCUGUUUGGUGAGGAGCUAGAACGCCUGCUGAAGAAGAAGUAUGAGGGCCACUGGUACCCAGAGAAGCCUCUGAAGGGAUCUGGCUAUCGCUGUGUUCAUAUAGGGGAGACGGUGGAUCCGGUGGUGGAGCUGGCGGCCAAGCGGAGUGGGCUGGCUGUGGAGGAUGUGCGUGCCAACGUGCCAGAAGAGCUGAGUGUCUGGAUUGAUCCUUUUGAGGUUUCCUACCAGAUUGGUGAGAAGGGCACUGUUAAGGUCCUCUACCUGGAUGACAGUGAGGGCUGUAGCGCCGCAGAGCUGGACAAAGAAAUCAAGAGCAGCUUCAACCCCGAUGCCCAGGUAUUUGUUCCCAUCGGCAGCCAGGACAACUCGCAGUCCAACUCUCCAUCCCCCUCCUUUGGCCAGUCACCCAGCCCGACCUUCAUCCCUCGCUCUGCGCAGCCCAUCACUUUCACCACUGCCACCUUUGCUGCCACCAAGUUCGGCUCCACCAAGAUGAAGAAGGGCGGAGGAGCCGGAGGAGGGGGCGGCGGAGCAGGGGCUGUGCAGCAGCCAAGAAUGGUCAGGUCUCCCACCACCAACCUGCUGAAGCACAAGGGCCUCUCCCUGUCUAUGCACUCUCUGAACUUCGUCGGGAGCGCUGGGAGCCAAGCCCCGCAGUCACAGCUUUCCCCCAAUGCCAAGGAGUUCGUUUACAGCGGCGGGUCACCAGGAGCCAGCAGCCUCUUCUUCGAUGGUGUUGCCAGUGAGAGCCAGGCCAGCAGCAUCCCGCCAGCAUCGCAGUUCAACACCAGCACAGGUGGUACCUUUGAUAUGGCUCAGGUCUUCGGUGGCAGCACCAAUAGCCUCUUUUUGGAGAAGUCUCCCUUUGUGGAAGGACUCAGCUACAACCUGAAUGCCAUGCAGUAUCCCAGCCAGUCGUUCCAGCCCGUCGUCCUGGCCAACUGAACACAAAGGAAGGAGAGUAUUUUGGGGCAGGGAGGGAGGGGGGAAACAAGAACAAAGCAAACAAAAAAGAGGGAGAGAAAAGAAAAGAAAAAUAGAAAUAUACAGAAAAUAUUAAAAUCUUAUAAAUAUAGGUUCUUGGGAAAAGAGAGAGCUCAGUGUUGUUGCGCUGUGCUGGCAACGCUCCUGAAGCACUGAAUUGUUUUUUAACUCAGUCCCUGUGCUUUUUUCCUACUCACUUUUUUACUCCUUAAAAUGAGUUUUGGGAUUUUUUUGGUUUGUGUUCCCCCUUUCCCUACCCCAGCCCAGGAUCUGGUGCAACUGUAGGCCACAGUGCUUCUGAUUCCCUGCACCACCCCCUGCCCCGCGCUGGACACAGGGUCCUUCCACCUGGGUGUGGGGAUGUCAUCUUCAUACCACCGUGCUGGAAGGAGGGACGUGGAGAGGAUGAGUCAGUGUUGGUGGAGACAUGCACUCUUGUUGCGUGCCAGCCAGAACGGGUGGGUGAGCUUGCUUCUUCUGUUACGGCUCUGCAUGUAGACGGGGAGCAUCUACUCGCUGUGCCCACGGGCAUAGACCGUUGUGCUGUUGUGGCUCCAGCCCGAGCUGGCGUCAGCUGUUCUGUCUGUGCUGAAAGCACUAACUCUUCUCCUUGACCAUCUCCCAGCACAUCGCAGGCAGAGCAGAACAUUACUGUGAAAUGGCUUCUUCCUGCUCCCUUCCUCAUGUGCGCUUCCAGCCGCAGCUACAGGGGUACGGUGCUUCGAGCUGAGUGGCUCCGGUUAUUGUCCCCUUCUGCACCCCGAGCAAGGGGGCUUUUCUGUGCUCUCUCAGGGCUGCCUGGUCAGUCUGGGUGACAACCCUGUGGUGUAGAAACACCACCCAGCUGUCCCUCUGACUUGGAGGAGGUGACACUGAACCAGCCAGAUCCCACUUGGAUCCUGCCCCCACUUCCCAAAUGUUCUCCGCAGCAGCAAGGGCCAGCAUCCACUUGGAGUGGCCUCUGAGGUCAGAGUUCUCAUUCUCUGCUGUGAAUUCAUCUACUUGGCUGUGAGAGGGAAUUCCUUCCUUUUUAGUUAGUGAGGCAGCAUAACUCUUGAGGAACAGAAAGGGUGAUGUUGUGAAGCUGCUGUCUUGAGUGGUAGCAUAAAGGGUUUGUACUUUCAGCCAGGCAGGCACCAGACUAAAUCCCUUCACCUGCCCUUUUGGAGGAGCAUGAGGAGGUGGCUGAUCUGGUGAGAAAAAGCAGCACCUAGCAUAAAUUCCUCAUUCCAGCUAGAUCACAUCAGCGUGGACAGAGGCAAGCUUAGAGCAGAGCUGUGACGGGUGCUCCAAAGGCGAGCAGCUGUCCCAGCAUGUGAAUGUAGGGUGCCUCCUCACAGCAGGGCUGGGAUCUGGGAAUGCCCCUGCAGCUUUCCCCAGGAUGUUGUGCUGCAGUCAGGCAGUAGUGGCUUCUCAGAUUGGUUGCUUCUGUGUCAAGGACUCUGAAAGCCACCUUCACAGGAAGCCAAAGGAGGGCUGCUUCAUGCCCAGGAAGGGUGGAGGCUCUAGAUGGGAAGGGAGGUCUCCUUGGAGCCUGUUGUGUGAGCGUGGAAGUUUGCAGAGGAGAGAGAUGGAGGUGAUGAAACUCCAGUCUUGGAAGUUCUCAGCUUAAAAGAAAAAUAAGCUUUUUGCUGCCUCCCAGACAUGGGCUUUGGUUUUCUUUUAAUGAUGUUUCUGGAGCGCAUUCUGAAACCCACUCCUCUUGCACUUGUGGAACCAAUGUGCUCUUUCAUGAAAUCCCUGUUUCAGGUGACAUGAGCUUGGCCUCAUGCUUUUCCUGCUCCCUUCCCUUGAGCUGAGAUGGAGGCACUCCAGCCUUUUUGUAGUUGUAUUGCCAAUGAGCCUUUGCAGAAGGUAAUGGACUGUCCCAGGGGGACUGCCACUGCCCGAAGCUCUUCAAGGAGAGUUUCCAGCGCACCCUUCCCUUCCACGGGUGAUGGGGUGCACGGUCCUGACCUCGUGCCCAGCAUGGAUUCCCAAACAAGCUGCUUGCCAUUGAGCUGUGACCAACACAGCAGGUGGGCAAGGAGAGCGAAGCCCAACCAGCCCCACAGCCUCAACCUGCAGGUUUCCAGACUUGGAGGACUUGCUGAGGAAUGGCCCAGCUGUUGGGUUUCCCUUUUUUGUUUUUUGAACCCUUCACUUACAGACAUUACCACUGCCACCCAGUCCCUCUCCCUGGCACGGUGCUGCUGGGUGCACCCUGCUCGCUGCACUGGACUUUGAGGGGUGCUCAGCCCCUGAUGGCAGGACCUGGUCCAGUUGCCCCCCAUUGUCCCCACAUCUGGCAAAGCCUCCUGCGAGCCGCUGCCGUGGGACAGUGUGCUGUCCUCCAGCACAAGGAGAGAGAAGAGAGGUGAGGACACCCCCUGGCCACCUGCUUAUGUGUGUGAAGCUUUGAUGCCGCUUUGCCCUGCCACACGUAUAAUACCUGCUUUAAAAAUAGUGGUGUGAGUGGAAGGAGGAAAAGAGGAGGGACCAACCUCUUUGUAUCUUAAAAGGAAAAAAGCGUGCUUCAGAAAUGUUCCUCCAGCAUCAGGCAGCAAUGGAAACUAACGGCCUUUUCAGGUCUUUUCUAGUCUUGGAUGUAGGCGUUCAGCUUCAAUUUUAUUUUUUAAAAACCUGCACUAAUUUACCUGGUUUCUUAGGGAGAGAAGAGAGAAGUUUUUUUUUUUUUAACUUUUAUUUUUUAUGGGUUUGUGUUCUUUUUGUUGAUGUCUGUUUGUAUUGAAUAAUUUGCUACAUUUGUAAAAGUAAGAGGUAUAUAUAAUAUAUGUAUAUUUCUAACGUAAAAAAACUGUAAUUUUUUUCUUUUCAAGAUUUUUUCUUAAAAAGAGGAGAGAAACAAAUAUUUUUUCAGGAAAAAAACUUUAAAAAAAAAAAGAAGUGGUGAAGAGUCCUUUCUCCCCACUCAGCCUCCCUCCUUUUCCUCCCACCCUUCUCCAAGGAGUGAAUUGUCAGUUGCCUUGUGGGAGAGGAGUGAAAGAGGACAGAAGUCUGUAUGUCUCCAAGUGGAGGGUUUCUGUGUGUGCUCUGCUUGGGUUUCUCUUGGAGAAGGGGGCUACUGAGAGGGGGAGCCAGAGGGUUGCUUUCUUUUUUUUUUUCUUCUUUUUUUUUUUGUUUUUCUUUAGCGAAGGAGGAAUACAAUCAGAGUUUUGUAUUCAGAAUGUUGUGCAAUAUUUUGGAACGGGACAUUGGUGUGUCUAGAGAUUUAGUUAAAAACAAACAAAAAAACCCACAAAAAGGUUGAUCAAAUCUGUACAGUUUCUAUUGUUCCAGAUUUUUUUAAGUUUGUAUUAAAAGCAUGAUAUAAUAA